AUGGCAACACAGGCGUACGUUACUGAGUUACAGGCGGCCCCGCAACCAUCCCAGCCACCACAGGCUCCGCCACAAGCCCAGCCGCCACCGCCGCCCUCCGCGGCACCCCAGCCCCCCCAGCCCCCCGCCACCGCCGCCACCCCCCAGCCCCAGUAUGUCACCGAGCUGCAGAAUCCGCAGCCCCAGGCGCAGCCACCGGGCAGCCAGAAGCCGUAUGUGACAGAGCUCCCGGCUGCCCCCACGCCCUCGCAGCCGGCCGGCGCACCCACCCCGUCCCCGGCGUCCCAGCAGUACAUCGUGGUCACCGUCUCCGAGGGUGCCAUGCGGGCCAGCGAGACUGUGUCGGAGGCCAGCCCGGGCUCCACAGCUAGCCAGACCGGAGUCCCUACUCAGGUGGUUCAGCAGGUGCAGGGCACCCAGCAGCGGCUACUGGUCCAGACAAGCGUGCAGGCCAAGCCGGGCCACGUGUCACCCCUCCAGCUCACCAACAUCCCGGUGCCCCAGCAGGCUCUCCCCACGCAGCGUCUGGUAGUGCAGAGCACAGCCCCGGGCGCCAAGGGUGGCCAGGUCUCCCUGACGGUGCACGGCACCCAGCAAGUGCACUCACCCCCCGAGCGGUCACCAGUGCAGGCCAACAGCUCCUCCAGCAAGACGGCUGGGGCCCCCACGGGCACGGUGCCGCAGCAGCUGCAAGUCCAUGGCGUCCAGCAGAGUGUCCCCGUCACCCAAGAGAGGUCAGUGGUUCAGGCCACUCCACAGGUGCCCAAAGCUGGCCCCGUGCAGCAGCUCACGGUGCAAGGACUCCAGUCUGUCCAUGUGGCUCAAGAGGUGCAGCAACUCCAGCAGGUGCCAGUCUCACACGUGUAUCCCAGCCAAGUGCAGUACGUGGAGGGCGGUGAUGCCAGCUACACGGCGAGUGCCAUCCGCUCCAGCACCUACUCCUACCCGGAGACGCCACUGUACCCGCAGACGGCAAGCACCAGCUACUAUGAGGCCGCGGGCACGGCUGCCCAGGUCAGCACCCCUGCCACUUCCCAGGCGGUGGCCAGCAGCGGCUCUGUGCCCAUGUACGUGUCUGGCAGCCAGGUUGUCGCCAGCUCCACCAGCAGUGGGAGUGCAGCCAGCAGCGGCGGCAGUGGCAGUGGCAGCGGCGGCAGCGGCGGGGGUGGUGGGGGCGGGGGUGGCAGCAGCGGCGGCGGCGGCAGCAGCGGCGCAGGCACCUACGUGAUCCAAGGCGGCUACAUGCUGGGCGGUGCCAGCCAGUCCUACUCCCACACCACCCGUGCCUCACCAGCCACCGUGCAGUGGCUCCUGGACAACUACGAGACGGCCGAGGGCGUGAGCCUGCCGCGGAGCACCCUGUACUGCCACUACCUGCUGCACUGCCAGGAGCAGAAGCUGGAGCCCGUCAACGCCGCCUCCUUCGGCAAGCUCAUCCGCUCCGUCUUCAUGGGCCUGCGCACCCGUCGCCUAGGCACCAGGGGCAACUCCAAGUACCACUACUAUGGCCUGCGCAUCAAGGCCAGCUCGCCCCUGCUGCGGCUGAUGGAGGACCAGCAGCACAUGGCCAUGCGGGGCCAACCCUUCUCCCAAAAACAGAGGCUGAAACCCAUCCAGAAGAUGGAGGGCAUGACCAACGGUGUGGCCGUGGGGCCACAGCAGGCCACUGGACUCUCGGACAUCAGCGCCCAGGUCCAGCAGUACCAGCAAUUUCUGGAUGCCUCGAGAAGCCUCCCUGACUUCUCAGAGCUUGAUCUCCAGGGCAAAGUGCUGCCCGAGGGCAUCGGACCUGGGGACAUCAAGGCCUUCCAGGUCCUAUACCGGGAACACUGUGAGGCCAUCGUCGAUGUCAUGGUGAACCUGCAGUUCACACUGGUGGAAACGCUCUGGAAAACCUUCUGGAGGUACAACCUGAGCCAGCCCAGCGAGGCGCCGCCGCUGGCUGUGCAUGAUGAGGCUGAGAAGCGGCUGCCCAAGGCCAGCCUGGUGCUCCUCUCCAAGUUCGAGCCUGUGCUGCAGUGGACCAAGCACUGUGACAACGUGCUGUACCAGGGCCUGGUGGAGAUCCUCAUCCCUGACGUGCUGCGGCCCAUCCCCAGUGCCUUGACCCAAGCGAUCCGGAACUUUGCCAAGAGCCUGGAGAGCUGGCUCACCCACGCCAUGGUGAACAUCCCCGAGGAGAUGCUGCGGGUGAAGGUGGCAGCGGCCGGCGCCUUCGCGCAGACCCUGCGUCGCUACACGUCGCUCAACCACUUGGCACAGGCGGCGCGCGCUGUGCUGCAGAACACCGCGCAGAUCAACCAGAUGCUGAGCGAUCUCAACCGCGUGGACUUCGCCAACGUGCAGGAGCAGGCCUCGUGGGUGUGCCGCUGCGAGGACCGCGUGGUGCAGCGACUGGAGCAGGACUUCAAAGUGACGCUGCAGCAGCAGAACUCACUGGAGCAGUGGGCGGCUUGGCUGGAUGGCGUCGUGAGCCAGGUGCUCAAGCCCUACCAGGGCAGCGCCGGCUUCCCCAAGGCCGCCAAGCUCUUCCUCCUCAAGUGGUCAUUCUACAGCUCUAUGGUGAUCCGGGACCUGACCCUGCGCAGCGCCGCCAGCUUCGGCUCCUUCCAUCUCAUCAGGCUGCUCUAUGAUGAGUACAUGUACUACCUGAUCGAACAUCGUGUGGCCCAGGCCAAGGGCGAGACCCCCAUCGCGGUCAUGGGCGAGUUCGCCAAUCUGGCCACUUCUCUGAACUCCCUGGACCCGGACAAAGACGAGGAGGAGGAGGAAGAAGAGGAGAGCGAGGAUGAGCUGCCGCAGGACAUCUCUCUCGCGGCUGGCAGCGAGUCGCCCGCGCUGGGCCCCGAGGCUCUGGAGCCACCGGCCAAGCUGGCGCGGACAGACGCGCGCGGCCUCUUCGUGCAGGCACUGCCCUCCAGCUAA